CAUUGCCAUAUUGCUGGGCAUUUCCUUUGCAACUGCCGUUCUGGAGACAGAUCUGACCUGUCCCGGACGCAGCAUAACUAACGAAGCUGCUGCAGGAUGAGAAGAUGGCAGCGCGGCUGCUCGCACCACCAGGCCCUGAUAGUUUCAAGCCUUUCACCCCUGAGUCGCUGGCAAACAUCGAGAGGCGCAUUGCUGAGAGCAAGCUCAAGAAACCACCCAAGGCCGAAGGCAGUCAUCGGGAAGACGAUGAGGACAGCAAGCCCAAGCCAAACAGUGACCUGGAGGCAGGGAAGAGUCUGCCUUUCAUCUAUGGGGACAUCCCACAAGGCCUGGUCGCAGUUCCCCUGGAGGACUUUGACCCAUACUAUUUGACGCAGAAAACCUUUGUAGUAUUAAACAGAGGGAAAACUCUCUUCAGAUUUAGUGCCACGCCUGCCUUGUACAUUUUAAGUCCUUUUAACCUGAUAAGAAGAAUAGCUAUUAAAAUUUUGAUACAUUCAGUAUUUAGCAUGAUCAUUAUGUGCACUAUUUUGACCAACUGUGUAUUCAUGACUUUUAGUAACCCUCCUGAAUGGUCGAAGAAUGUGGAGUACACAUUCACAGGGAUUUAUACAUUUGAAUCACUAGUGAAAAUCAUUGCAAGAGGUUUCUGCAUAGAUGGCUUUACCUUUUUACGGGAUCCGUGGAACUGGUUAGAUUUCAGUGUCAUCAUGAUGGCAUAUGUGACAGAGUUUGUGGACCUGGGCAAUGUCUCAGCGCUGAGAACAUUCAGGGUUCUCCGAGCUUUGAAAACUAUCUCUGUAAUUCCAGACACAGAGAGAGGGAAGCACAAAGGUAGAGUCCUGCAGAGGGCUGACUUGGAAUGUGGCUUUCUGAGAGCCUCAAGGAAGACUUUACGAGCAGCUGGGAAAACGUACAUGAUCUUCUUCGUCUUGGUCAUCUUUGUGGGAUCUUUCUAUCUCGUGAAUUUGAUCUUGGCUGUGGUGGCCAUGGCUUAUGAAGAGCAGAAUCAGGCAACCCUGGAGGAGGCAGAGCAAAAAGAGGCUGAAUUCAAAGCAAUGUUGGAGCAACUUAAGAAGCAACAGGAAGAGGCACAGGCUGCUGCAAUGGCAACCUCCGCAGGCACUGUCUCAGAAGAUGCCAUCGAGGAAGAAGGUGAAGAAGGGGCAGGCUCUCCUCGCAGCUCCUCUGAAAUAUCUAAACUCAGUUCCAAGAGUGCCAAAGAAAGACGUAACAGGAGAAAGAAGAGGAAGCAGAAGGAACUCUCUGAAGGAGAGGAAAAAGGGGAUCCUGAGAAGGUGUUUAAGUCGGAGUCAGAAGAUGGUAUGAGGAGGAAGGGCUUUCGGCUGCCAGACAACAGAAUUGGGAGGAAAUUUUCCAUCAUGAAUCAGUCACUGCUCAGCAUCCCGGGCUCCCCGUUCCUCUCCCGGCACAACAGCAAAAGCAGCAUCUUCAGCUUCAGGGGGCCCGGGCGGUUCCGCGACCCGGGCUCGGAGAACGAGUUCGCGGACGACGAGCACAGCACGGUGGAGGAGAGCGAGGGCCGCCGGGACUCGCUCUUCAUCCCGAUCCGGGCCCGCGAGCGCCGCAGCAGCUACAGCGGCUACAGCGGCUACAGCCAGGCCAGCCGCUCUUCGCGCAUCUUCCCCAGCCUGCGGCGCAGCGUCAAGCGCAACAGCACGGUCGACUGCAACGGCGUGGUGUCCCUCAUCGGCGGCCCGGGCUCCCACAUCGGCGGGCGGCUCCUGCCAGAGGUGAAAAUAGAUAAGGCAGCUACCGAUGACAGUGUAAGGAAAAUUUGUGGUGCAGUACUCGGGAAAGACUGCUCCAAGAAACCCAGAGCCCCAGACAUGUCAGGAUUUGAUCUGCUAAAGGUCUCUUUAGUCAGCCUUAUAGCUAAUGCCCUGGGCUACUCGGAACUAGGUGCCAUAAAGUCCCUUAGGACCCUAAGAGCUUUGAGACCCUUAAGAGCCUUAUCACGAUUUGAAGGGAUGAGGGUGGUGGUGAAUGCCUUGGUGGGCGCCAUCCCCUCCAUCAUGAAUGUGCUGCUGGUGUGUCUCAUCUUCUGGCUGAUUUUCAGCAUCAUGGGAGUUAACCUGUUUGCGGGAAAGUAUCACUACUGCUUUAAUGAGACUUCUGAAAUCCGAUUUGAUAUUGAAGAUGUCAACAAUAAAACUGAGUGUGAAAAGCUCAUGGAGGGGAACAACACAGAAAUCAGGUGGAAGAAUGUGAAGAUCAACUUUGACAACGUUGGGGCAGGCUACCUGGCGCUUCUUCAAGUGGCAACCUUCAAAGGCUGGAUGGACAUCAUGUAUGCAGCUGUAGAUUCCCGAAAGCCUGACGAGCAGCCUAAGUAUGAGGACAACAUCUACAUGUACAUCUACUUUGUCAUCUUCAUCAUCUUCGGCUCCUUCUUCACCCUGAACCUGUUCAUUGGUGUCAUCAUUGAUAACUUCAAUCAACAAAAGAAAAAGUUUGGAGGUCAGGACAUCUUCAUGACCGAAGAACAGAAGAAGUACUACAAUGCCAUGAAAAAGCUGGGCUCAAAGAAACCACAGAAACCCAUUCCCCGCCCCCUG